AUGUAUGGAAGUGCAAGAACAAUCGGUAACCUGGAAGGCAGUCCUGCCAGAUCUCCACGUUUGCCAAGAUCGCCUCGUCUGGGCCAUCGGCGAACAAGUAGUGGAGGAGGUGGAGGGACAGGUAAAACUUUAUCAAUGGAGAACAUUCAGUCACUUAAUGCUGCCUAUGCAACAUCUGGACCAAUGUAUCUGAGUGACCAUGAAGGUGUGGCAUCUACUACUUUCCCAAAGGGCACAAUGACUCUUGGAAGGGCUACAAAUCGAGCUAUAUAUGGUGGACGAGUUACAGCGAUGGGAAGCAGCCCUAAUAUUGCUUCUGCUGGCCUUUCUCAUUCAGAUCUCCUUUCUUAUACUGAUCAGCAUGGAGGGCUGACCACUUCCUCACAUCAUCACCAUCAUCAAAUUCCUUCCAUGCUGAGGCAAGUAAGAGACAGCACCAUGCUAGAUUUACAGGCUCAACUGAAGGAGUUACAAAGAGAGAAUGAACUUCUAAGGAAAGAGCUAGACAUCAAGGAUAGUAAGCUUGGAUCUUCCAUGAAUAGCAUCAAGACCUUCUGGAGUCCAGAGCUUAAAAAAGAAAGAGUUUUGCGCAAAGAGGAAGCAGCCAGAAUGUCUGUUUUGAAAGAACAAAUGAGGGUUUCUCAUGAGGAGAAUCAGGUUUUGGAUGCCAGGAAAACAAAGCAUCUUCAGCUAACUAUUCAGGCGCUCCAAGAUGAACUUCGAACGCAGAGAGACCUUAACCAUCUCCUUCAGCAAGAAAGUGGUAACCGAGGUGCUGAGCAUUUUACCAUUGAACUGACAGAGGAGAAUUUCCGAAGACUUCAAGCUGAGCAUGAUAGACAGGCAAAAGAGUUGUUUCUCUUGAGAAAAACCUUGGAAGAAAUGGAGCUGAGAAUAGAAACCCAAAAGCAGACGCUGAAUGCCAGAGAUGAAUCCAUCAAGAAGCUUCUAGAAAUGCUGCAAAGCAAAGGGCUGCCAUCCAAAGGAAUGGACGAUGAAAAUGAAAGAACUCGAAGGAUGGCAGAAGCGGAAUCUCAGGUUAAUCAUCUAGAAGUGAUCUUAGACCAGAAAGAGAAGGAAAACAUCCAUCUUAGAGAGGAACUGCAUCGAAGGACACAACUUCAGCCUGAGCCAGCAAAGACAAAAGCUCUUCAAACAGUCAUAGAGAUGAAGACACAACCAUCUUUAUGUAUUGAUCCUGCUGUGGCAUUUCAGGACACGAAAAUAGCUUCCCUGGAACGUAAUAUCAGAGAUCUCGAAGAUGAAAUACAGAUGUUGAAGACAAAUGGAGUUCUGAACACAGAAGAUCGAGAAGAAGAGAUCAAACAAAUAGAAGUUUACAAGAGUCAUUCCAAGUUUAUGAAAAAUAAGAUUGACCAGUUGAAGCAGGAGCUUUCAAAGAAAGAAUCAGAACUUCUUGCCUUACAAACUAAGCUUGAAACCCUUAGCAAUCAGAAUUCAGAUUGCAAGCAACACAUAGAAGUGCUUAAAGAGUCACUUACUGCCAAAGAACAGAGAGCUGCCAUACUUCAGACAGAGGUUGAUGCCUUGAGAUUACGUUUAGAAGAAAAAGAAAGUUUUCUUAAUAAAAAAACCAAACAACUGCAAGACCUCACAGAAGAAAAAGGAACUCUGGCCGGAGAAAUUCGAGAUAUGAAGGACAUGUUAGAAGUUAAAGAAAGAAAAAUUAAUGUUCUACAGAAAAAGAUUGAAAAUCUUCAGGAGCAACUUAGAGAUAAAGACAAGCAACUAACUAAUUUGAAAGAUCGUGUGAAAUCAUUGCAGACAGAUUCCAGUAACACAGAUACAGCUCUAGCUACCUUGGAAGAAGCCCUCUCUGAGAAGGAGAGAAUUAUAGAGCGAUUAAAGGAGCAGAGGGAGAGAGAUGACCGUGAAAGAAUCGAAGAAAUUGAAUCCUUCAAAAAAGAAAACAAAGAUCUGAAAGAAAAAGUAAAUGCUUUACAAGCAGAGCUGACGGAAAAAGAGUCGAGCUUAAUCGACCUCAAAGAACAUGCAUCAUCAUUGGCUUCAGCAGGGCUGAAAAGAGACUCCAAAUUAAAGGCUUUAGAAAUAGCCAUAGAGCAAAAGAAGGAGGAGUGUAGUAAGCUAGAAGCACAACUGCAAAAGCAAGCUGAACAAUUGUUCAAUCAGAUGUACAAUCCCAUGCCAAUUAGGAAUAAUGGGAAACAAGGGGCUCAUGAGGCUGAGGAAGAAGCUCGGAAGAAUCCUGAAUUUGCUGAUCGAUUGAAGCAGCUCGACAAAGAGGCUGCCUACUAUAGAGAGGAAUGUGGCAAAACCCAAGCCGAGGUGGAGAGGCUCUUAGAAAUCCUCAAAGAAGUAGAGAAUGAAAAAAAUGACAAAGAUAAGAAAAUUGCUGAGCUGGAAAGACACAUGAAGGAUCAAAACAAGAAGGUGGCCAACCUGAAGCAUAAUCAACAAAUAGAAAAGAAGAAGAAUGCCCAGUUGCUAGAAGAAGUUCGGAGGCGUGAAGACAAUAUGACAGACAAUGCUCAGCAUUUGCAGCUAGAAGAAUUGCGGAAUGCAUUGGAUAAGACCAGGCAAGAACUGGAUGCUACUAAAGCUCGCCUUGCCUCAACACAGCAAUCUCUGGGUGAGAAAGAAGCACACCUGGCCAAUUUAAGACUAGAACGGAGAAAACAGUUAGAGGAAAUCCUAGAAAUGAAACAGGAAGCAUUGCUUGCUGCCAUUAGUGAAAAAGAUGCAAACAUUGCCUUGCUUGAGCUGUCUGCUUCAAAAAAAAAGAAAACGCAGGAAGAAGUGAUGGCUUUGAAAAGAGAAAAAGACAGAUUGGUCCAUCAGCUAAAACAACAGACGCAGAAUAGAAUGAAACUGAUGGCAGACAACUAUGAUGAUGACCAUCAUCACUAUCACCAUCAUCACCACCAUCACCACCACAGAUCUCCUGGAAGGACACACUCCAAUCACAGACCCUCCCCAGAACAGCACUUCUAA